GUCAUAGUGAUAUCGUAGCUACCUUGUAGCUACGUUUUAGUCAUCUGUGGUGAUAGGGAAUAGGAAUUAUAUGAGCAUAAUUGCAUUUUUAAUUAUAAUUUGAUAUACAUAUACAAAAAAAACAUCACCUAGCAUAUACGGAUAUUCCGAAUAGUUACUAAUAAGAUAUUAUAGUUUGUGUUUAUUCAGAACCAAUUUAAUUUUAUUAAUUGUGAACUGUGAAAUAAAAAAGAUAAAAAGUUUUACAAAGGAUGGUAAAACAUAGUCGUGCCUACAUCUACUUUUGAUUAAGUAUAACCUUUCAUAUAAAGAAGAAACGAUGGAGACGGAAGAUGACGUCGGACGCAACCUAUUGGGCGACAUGCCACCGAUAAACUCUGAUCUGUUUGAGGGACCCUAUGGUGGCAGCAACGAUAUUGGAGAUAUGACAUUUUGUCUCGGAAAUUACGUACCUGACUUUAUGAAGAUGUUGUUUACAAUGAGAUCGCAUCAUAUGCUGACUGAUGUUGUCUUAGAAGUGGGAAACGAAUUGUUUCAUGUCCACAAAGUCGUUUUAGCCGCUGGAAGUCCAUAUUUUAAGGCAAUGUUUACAAGUGGGUUGAAAGAAUGCGAGAUGUCUCGCGUUCGUCUGCAGGGCGUGUGCCCCUCGGCCAUGGCUUGGCUCGUCUACUUCAUGUACACGGGGAAAGUGCGCAUCACGGAGGUCACGGUGUGCCAACUCCUGCCCGCCGCUACCAUGUUCCAGAUAUCGAACGUAAUAGAUGCGUGCUGCGCGUUUCUCGAGAGGCAGUUGGACCCCUCCAACGCCAUCGGGAUCGCCAACUUCGCGGAGCAGCACGGCUGCGCGGAACUCAAGCAGAAAGCGAACCAGUUCAUUGAAAGACAUUUUACACAAGUUUGCCAAGAGGAAGAGUUUCUACAGUUGACGGCUCAGGAAUUAAUAUGUUUGAUACGGAAAGACGAGCUCAACGUGAGAGAAGAGAGAGAAGUCUACAACGCCGUGUUAAGUUGGGUUAAAUUCGACGAGGAUCGUCGGUACCCGCGCAUGGAGCAUAUCCUGCAAGCCGUGCGUUGCCAAUAUCUCACACCUAGCUUCCUGAAGGAGCAGAUGAGUACGUGCUCCGUACUCAAGAAAGUACCCGCCUGCAGGGAGUACCUCGCCAAAAUAUUUAAGGAUCUGACACUUCACAAAAAGCCAGUAGUGAAAGAGCGUCGACCCAACACGCCGCGCAUCAUCUACGUGGCGGGCGGUUACUUCCGGCAUUCCAUUGACGUGUUCGAAGCGUUCAACAUUGAUGACAACUGCUGGAUAUCGCUGCCCAGGCUCACCGUGCCUCGGUCUGGCCUAGGAGCUGCUUUCCUUAAGGGCCUGUUCUACGCGGUGGGGGGGCGCAACACGUCGCCGGGCUCGUCGUACGACAGCGACUGGGUGGACGUGUACAGCCCCGCGGGCGAGCACUGGCGCCCCUGCAGCCCCAUGGCCACGCCCCGACAUCGCGUCGGUGUGGCGGUGAUGGACGGGCUGCUGUACGCGGUCGGCGGCUCCGCCGGCACGGAAUAUCACAAGACUGUCGAGUGUUACGAUCCUGAGAAGGACGCUUGGGCGUAUGUGGCAUCGAUGGGUCGCGCGAGACUGGGCGUGGGCGUGGCCGUGGUUAACCGUCUGCUGUACGCGGUGGGGGGCUUCGACGGCGCACGACGGACCAAUUCUGUCGAGUGCUACCAUCCCGAGAACAACUGCUGGUCUGAGGUCGCCCCCAUGCAUUAUGCGAGGAGCGGCGCAGGCGUCGCGGCGCUAAACCAGUACAUCUACGUCGUGGGCGGCUACGACGGCGCGGCGCAGCUGGCCACGGUGGAGCGCUACGACACGGAGCACAACACGUGGGAGGAGGUGGCGCCCGUGCGCGCCGCGCGCUCCGCGCUGUCGCUGGCCGUGCUGGACGGGAAGCUCUACGCCAUGGGCGGCUACGACGGCACGGCCUUCCUGGACGUGGUGGAGAUCUACGACCCGGCGAGCGACACGUGGCGCAGCGGCACGGCGCUGUCGUCCGUGCGCUCGGGGCACGCGUCGGCCGUGUGCUACCAGCACGUGGCGCCGCCCGAGGCCGAGCCCGCACCCGUCGCGCCGCUCGACGUGCCGCUCGCCAAAAACAUCAUCAGCACGCUGGCCAACGCGCAGCGCCCCGGCGACACCUAGCCGCCGGCGCCCUGAGACGGCGCCCCGCAGCGCCCCGGCGACUCCUAACCGACGGCGCCGAGCGGCGGCGAGACGUGUGACGCCGCAGAGCGGUCGUGCUGUGACUCGGCCGCGGAAUGCCCCGGUGGCGCACGUGACGAGCCGUGAGAGACAUUUUGACUGUUAUUGAUUACAAAAUAAUCUAGUUAUUUAUUCAUUCUGCCAUAUUUAUACUUACGUUAAGAGUGUCGUCCGUUAAACAUCUCUACGAGUCCACGAAACUGAAUAUUAUUUUUAAAAUGAUUACGACAAUCGGUGCCGCUUGAGAUAAAGUUAACCGUAUGUUCGAUAGUAUAUCACAGCUUUUUUAAUAAAUUUUUAUUAUUGUUUAAAUUUACUAGUCGAAUAUUUCUUUUAUUUACUUAAAGUUCCCUAAUUUAAUUUGUCAAUAUUCAAUUAUUAUCUAGACCAAAAUAUUUUAAAGAAAAAAAACCUUGCAUUUUGAAAACCAUUUUUGUGUUUGACAGUUCCCAACAUUCGUAGUAAUAUAGCAGUU